AUGUCUGACACUUCGGCCAACCAUUCACCAGCAGUUGUAAAACCAAAGCGAGGCCGCAAACCUAAAAGUAAACCAAGGACAGAAGAAGAAAAUAAUGCGUUAGCAAAAUUAAUGAGUGAUUUGGAAGCAAUGAAAGUUUCGCAGGCUGCCAGAGAUGCUGAGAAUGCCCGUUUGAAUGCAGAGCUGAUGGCCAUGCGUGCUUAUCGAUCCACGGUCCUCUCAGAGACCAGAAUUGGCCAGCAGACGGUUUCACCUACGCCUGUUGGGGGAACAAGCUCUACACCUGGUGAAAAUCUCGACGCACAAGCUGGUGCAAAUAAUACACAAGUUGGAAACCAACCUAACGAAAACAAUUUCCAAGACCGACGACGAGCCUUAGAAAGCCUUACCAGCUUGCGGGCAAACCAACAUGAAGAUUCAACAACGGUCACAACAGAAAAAAACAUACCUUCGAGUGAAGAUUUGCCAGUUAUUCCGAAGCCCAAAGGCCAAGCAGGAAGAGACUUCACACUUUGUGUAAAAAUGGGGUUAUCGAAGAGCACAAAGGGUCUUGUGACAUAUAACGCAUUAGUUCGAAAUACUCACCGGGCAGUUCAUGAGUCCCGGAUCCCUUGGGAUAAGUAUGAAUGGAGGAAUAUUGCUGCUGCCGACAAAGCACUACUGUUCGCAAUUAUGCGCGAGCGUGAUCCCAUCUUGAAACGCUUCGAGACGGACUGGGCAUCAGAGUGUCUAGUACGCCAAUACAUCAAGAACUUGCGUGGCAAAAGUUUUCGGUCUCACACCAUUCAACGCAGUGCUAAGUACGAUUACCUCACCGCAAAUUCAGCGCAGCGUGACCAGUCUAAAUCGCGGAAAUCCAAUGCUCAAAAGGACUACAUUCGACGAAAGGAAAAGGCUAAAGAAGCCAAGGAGGCAGCAAAGGCUGAACGGAGAAAGAGGAGACGAUUGAGGCGUAGAGCUGAGGUUGUUGACAGUGAUGUGGAAAUGCCGGAGUUCAUUGAAGGGUCAUCGGGAUUGCAGACUAAUAAUGGUGGGGAAAAUGAAAUGGAUGUAGACGAAGAAGAAGAGGAAGAGACGGCGAUGUGA